GGGUCUUACACAGACAUUGCAUGUCAGAAUCAAAGGAAGAUGAGUUGUAGUGCACCUGAGCACUGUACACAAUGUUUUUAUUAUUAUAAUUAUUGAAAUGGCAUUAAGCUGACAAGAGUUAGCUCCCAUGUGUUUCAUAUAAAAUAUACGCAUGCGCAGCAAUCGUAGUUCCGCAUUGGUAUUUAAAGAAUUUUGCACCGUGCAUGACUUUCUCUUUCCUACUUCACAGACACUUUGAAAGUACGUUUAAUACUUAUUAUAAACACACUUUAUAACAAGUCUUUCCUUUAUGAGACAUUUCCAAUAUCAGAUGACAUUGGGACACUGAAGAUACAUCCUCAAUAUUUAUCAUCUUUGAAGACUGAAAGAAAAUGAUGUAAAAAGCAAAUUCUUUGUAAAGAGUGAACUAUAAGAAGGAAAACUGGAACAAUAUAUAUAUACAUUGUGAUUUGAAGAGAAAAAUAAUGGAAAAGACUGAGAAAGUAGAAGAAUUGAUUUCCCAUGAAGACAUAAAAGAGAUGAGAAAGUCUUCAUAUGACUGUGAUGUCUGUAAAAGGUCCUUCUCUCAAAAAAGUGACCUCACUGAACACAAACUUAUUCAUAGACAAGAAAAGCUAUAUCAUUGUGAUAUCUGUGGUAAAUCAUUCUCUCAAAGUAGUAAUCUUUCUAAACACAAGCGUGUUCACAGACGAGAGAAGUCACAUCAUUGUGAUAUCUGUGGCAAGUCAUUCUCUCAUAGUAGUGCUUUAUCAAAACACAUAUAUACUCAUACAGGAGAGAAACCAUAUUCUUGUGAUAUCUGUGGUAAAUCAUUCUCUCAGAGUAGUAAUCUUUCUACACACAUACGUAUUCAUACAGGGGAGAAACCAUAUCACUGUGGUAUCUGUGGUAAAUCAUUCUCUCAAUAUAGUAAUUUAACUGUACACAGACGUAUUCAUACAGGAGAGAAGCCAUAUCAUUGUGAUAUCUGUGGUAAAUCAUUCUCUCAGAAUAGUGACUUAACUACACACAAACGUAUUCACACAGGAGAGAAACCAUAUAAUUGUGAUAUCUGUGGUAAAUCCUUCUCUGAUAAUAGAGCUUUACCUAAACACAAACGUACUCAUACAGGAGAGAAACCAUAUCAUUGCAAUAUCUGUGGUAAAUCAUUCUCUGACAGUAGUGAUUUACGUAAACACAAACGUACUCAUACUGGAGAGAAGCCACAUCAUUGUGAUAUCUGUGGUAAAUCAUUUUCUGACAGUAGUAGUUUUUCUACACACAGACGGACUCAUACAGGAGAGAGACCAUAUCAUUGUGAUGUCUGUGGCAAAUCAUUCUCUGACAGUAGUGCUUUACCCAAACACAUACGUAUUCAUACAGGAGAGAAGCCACAUCAUUGUAAUGUUUGUGGUAAAUCCUUCUCUGACAGGAGUAAUCUUUCUACACACAAGCGGACUCAUACAGGAGAAAGACCGUAUCAUUGUGAUAUCUGUGGUAAAUCCUUCUCCGUUGGGAGUGACGUAACUAAACACAAACGCAUUCAUACUGGAGAGAGGCCAUAUCAUUGUGAUGUCUGUGGUAAAUCAUUCGCUGAUAGCAGUGCUUUACCCAAACACAAGCGUAUUCAUACAGGAGAAAAGUCACAUCAUUGUAAUAUUUGUGGUAAAUCAUUCUAUGACAGGAGUAGUCUUACUACACACUUACCGACUCAUACAGGAGAGAAGCCAUAUCAUUGUGAUAUCUGUGGUAAAUCAUUCUCUGGCAUGAGCGGUCUUUCUAAACACAUACGGACUCAUACAGUAGAGAAGCCAUAUCAUUGUGAUACCUGUGGUAAAUCAUUCUCUGGUACGAGUAGUCUUUCUGCACAUAAACGUAUUCAUACAGGAGAGAAAAGAAAAGUGUAGUUUGUAUUGGUUUCUUUCGUAAACUUCUGUUUUAUGUAGUUGUGUCUGGUUGCGGUCUCAAAACGAUGAAAAUAUUUUGACGCAAAUUAAAUUUAAAUGUUGAAGUUAAUCUAAUGGUUUUUUUUGUGUGUUCUUAAAUGGCUUAUAAACGUCUUCCAUACUGCA